CGUAUGAAUUGUCAUUUUGGCGCUAGUAUCAACGCAAGUUUACCAGAAAAGAAAGAGAGAUCCGAUUAUUUCUGUCGAUAACCACGGUCAUUAGAAACAACUUCAGUUUAACCGAAUCAAAUGUCAUUCACUUCACAAGUUCAUAAAAAGCUGUAUUGCGAGUACUUAUUUGAGAAUUUCGUUUAAUUUUCCAUCUAAACGGUGUGGUGCUUUAAUUAAAGAAAUAAAUAUGCGUGAUUAAAAAUGGCCGAAAACAAUCGAAAAAGGUCCAGGAAAUCUAAACUAGUGCCGAGGCAAUGUGUUGACUAUGUCGAAGAUGUUUCGUCUUUGCAGGAACCGGCCCAAAAGAAACUUCUUCUAGAAAAGAUUAAGAAAGAACCAGAAGACUACAUCCCCCCUGAACAUGAUCCCUCCACACAUAAAUUCUCCGUGGAAGUGGAAAUCGAAGGCAUGGACACCUCCGCUCCCGACGAAGAUGCUCCAGAUUACAUGAAGUACCUCUUCAGUCUGUCCAAGGAGUCUGAAGAACAGCCGGAGACUUCACAAAACUUGGAAUAUGCUGAUAAUACCUUACUGAUAGAACAGAAACUGACUGUACCAAUAACUGACGAAGAGAAAAAUAGCAUUGUAGAUGUAAAGAAAUUACAGAAAAUGCUAAUGGUUCUACACAGGAAAUACCCUAAGCAGACAGAAGCUGUAAUGCAUUGCAGGAACCAGUGGGGUCAGGCGUUCCACGAGAGAUGUCCUGCGGAGGUCAAGAGAACUCCUCAAGAGAUCGCUCUACAGGAUGUCCUCGGAAGGUGGAAGCAAUGGACAGUAGUGACGAGAGCUAGAGAAAGCCCGUACUGCUACAAAUGCUACAUUUGCAACAACGGCUGGUGGACGUACACAGAGUUCAUUGCACAUAUAAAUCAGCAUUCAGUUUUCAAACUGCAAAUACAAACUAGUAAUCUAGAGUGCGAUAUAGUUGCUUACGAAGGCGACGUGCCGGGCGUUAAAGACAUCGAUAUACACGGUAAAUGCACGAAAUGCGCUAAAACUUAUCACCAUCACUUGACUAAUAAGAGAUCUACAGACGCGUAUUAUUAUUGCAACUAUUGCGAUGAGAGAUUCCAAACGUGUCGAACUUUAAAUAAGCAUGAAGCUGCUUGUCCUCGAAAUCCUAUAAGGGUCUUGGCUUUCUCGAAAGCCGGGAAAGACUUCUCAUUGACAGAUUUCUCUUGCGUUAUAUGUAAGACUCUCUUCUUAUCGAACCCGGACUUGGAAGAACACAUGAUCAUAUGUCACAAAGUGAGAUCAGAUGAGCCUAUAGUCACCGUGUAUAAGACAUGCAAAGACUGCGAGCAGAAUUACUAUAACUUCUUCUGUCAUGUGUGCUUAAAGAAGAAUUUUGUGACGGAGUGCAAGCAUUGUUCUAGAAAGUUCCAGAAUAAACAGAUGCUGGACCAUCAUGUGAAAAUGUGGGAUAAGAUAGCGCAGUGUAAAAUCUGCGAUAAGUAUUUGGUGAAAAGUUGUAUGGCAGCGGAGCAUUAUGCGUUACAUAGUGAGGAGUUUUUGUUGGUGCACCGGUGUCUGAUUUGUAGGAAGAUCAAGGUGUUCACGACAGAGGAAGCGAUGAAGAUUCACUUGAAUAAGUAUCAUAAGAGGUUCGAUGCGAGGCGGCCGAAAACUGAUAAGAUAAUCAUGACGACACUUAUGCUGCAGCAGUGCAUGGUCGACCAAGUGAAGAGACCUACACCGAAGCCCGCGGUAAAAAACAACUACGCUAAAGACUUCAAACUCACGCGGGGCGAAACGGUUCCACAAGUUCGAGUUUACGUGCCAGUACAUAAAAACCAAGAUAAAAAAACCGACAAUGAUAAUCAAGCGACAAAUACUACAAUAGCUCAUGACGAGACAAAAACCAUGAGGCCAGACGCCAUUAAAGAAACUCCCAUAAAGAUUAAACAAGAAAAAGAAGACCCUGAAGAUAUACCAGAGGUACCUGUCGACAUAACAGUACAGUUACCUGAAGUCACAGAAAUGGCUGCACAAAACAUUAAAAUAGAACAGAUUGAUAUAGAAGAAGAAAAAAUCAUGAAAGCACCUACCGCUAAAACUACAGAAGUAGUUAAACAUACGGAAGUUCGAAAAGAAAAAAAUACGUCAGAACAAGAAGUGAUUAAAGAAAAAGUUACAACAGAAAAAGAAGUGAUUAAAGACGAAGUUGCGACAGAAAAAGUAGUAACUGACGAAAAAAGUACUACAGAAAAAGAAGUAAUCAAAGAAAAAGUUACUACAGAAAAAGAAAAAAGCGAAGAAAAUGUUACGACAGAAACAGAAGAUAGUAAAGAAAAAGUGGCUGAAGAAAUUGAGGAUCGUAAAGACAUGAUUAAUAUAAUUUCAGAUUUGUCAGAGUUCCUCGAUAUAAAGCCUGAUAUUGUGGUCAAAGAGGAAAAACUUUCCGACGACGAAGCUGCUCAAGCUACGAAAGCACUAACAAAUAUACUGCAAUUAUCAAACACAGAAUCAGAUAUAUCUAAAGUUUUUAAAGCAUCAAGUGCUUUUGCGGAAGAAGUGACAGAUAACUCUGAGCAUUCCACAGUAUUCAACAUUUCUAAAACGGUAUUAGAAGUUAAACAAGAAAAAGAUAUGGAAGAUGAUCCUAUAGCAGUAAGCCCUAACGCUUCAAUUCAAAGCAGUGAAACUUCAGAACUAAGCUCCUUAAACUUAGAGCCAGAAGUCAUUCUAAAAGCAGGUUACAGAAAGCGGAAGAUCUACAAAUGCAAUAAAUGUGACUAUGCUGGAUUUCACAGGGAAUAUAAGGACCAUAUAAAUAAUCAUUGCACGAAGCCCAUCGCUAAAGAAUUUAUAGCUGAUGUUUACUACAACUGCACGAAGUGUGAUAAAUGUUUUCCUACAUUAAAAAAGUAUGCUUUGCAUUUUGAGAAGCACGGCUACCGUUAUAUGUCGUGCCCUCAGUGCGGUCAAGAUUUUGAAAGUGCCACCAAAUUAAUGCCACAUCUAAAUAAUCACUUGAAAGCGCAGUUUUUUAAACUACAGUUGAUAAAAAGUUGUGAAGAUACGGAUAAUUGUAAAGUGUACGAGUGCAAAAAGUGUAAGGAGACGGUAAAUCAGGAGAAGUGGUUCGAGCAUUGGGAGAAGCAUUUGGAGCUGCUGAAGCCUGCGGAGAAGGACCAGAAUGUGAAGAUUGGAGAGCGCGGGGAACGGUCUCUGAAUGCGGGGUCUAUGAAGAAAGUGUUAGAGAUCCUGACCAAACAGUUCACCAACGAGAGCAAACAUGCUAAAUCCUGCAUCGUGUGCUCCCGCGUGUUCGAACGCAAGAACGACACCAAACGGCACCUCAUUGAGCACCUUCUAGAAGAUGCUUACGCCAACAUCGUCGACAACCAACUGCUCAGAUGUCAAAUAUGCGAAGACCUACACAGGAAACCAGAUAACUAUAAGAAACAUAUGAGAGACCAUGCGAACUUACCUAUAUAUAAGUGUGGAUUGUGUAACAAAACUUUUAGUGAUUCAAGCAAUUUCACUAAGCAUAAGAAGAUACACAAUUUGAAGGCGUAUAUUUGUGAUAUUUGCAGUAAGAGGUUCCAAGCGAAGCUUUCUUUGGAGAAGCAUAUGCAGAUGCACAUGGAGACAGAUCCUAUAACUUGCGACAAGUGUCCUCGCGUGUUCUACGCUCGCUCGUUUUAUAAUCGCCACUACAGGCAGCAGCACGACAAGCUAGUCACCAAAUUCAGAUGCCAGCUGUGCAAGGAGAAAUUCGCGUCAGUGCGGGAGAAAUGGGACCACCUGUGGGAGGUUCACAAAGUGCGCAAAGAGGCCGCGGACUGCCCUAUCUGCGGGGUCUCCUACAGGAAGUUCAUCGAUGUCAAGAAACACGCCUAUCAGGUCCACGGUAAAUCCAUAACCCUCUCCAGCCUUUGGACCCUACUGACUGCCGUGAGAGGUAAGGAGCGGCUGGAUUUCCUGCAGGACAAGGCAGAGGGCAGCACUCUCGUCCUGCAGCAAAUCAAAGAGGAGGCUGAUGAUGAUGAUGACGACGACUGCUUACUCAUAGAGGAAGAGCCUGAGACGCUGGUGGUUUAUGACUGACGCUUUAUAAGGAUUGUUUUAACCGUUUCUGUGCGGGUGACACGAGGUGUGUGUCAUUUGGGUUUUUUCACGUGGCGUGUGACACGCGAGGUGUGUCAUUUUAAAAUCAACAAAAGUUUUAAAAGGAACGAAUCUGUUAAAAAUGUGGCUAUCUAUCACUGAAGAAUGCUUAGUCCGUUUUCACAUUAUCCGAUCCGAUAUCGGAAGGAUUUCAAUGGAAAAAAUCCAAGAUGGCGCCUGUUAUGUAUCGGUCCUACAUCCGAUAUCGGAUAAUGUGAAAACGCACGUUGGCUGGAAACAGUGCUCGACUGAACCACUGAGCGUUUAUUUAUACAGGGUGGUAUACCGGCCGCUAUACCUCCUAAUAAUCUGAAUAUUGAUUGAAUGAGGAGGCACACUGACAUUUUAUCCCGCUAGGCGGCGCCUGUGCAAGUGUCUAGGCAUGUCACUGUCAUUCAUAUGUUUUGUAAGAGUAAAAACAUAUUAUCUUCUCGCUCUCACGUAUGAAAUUCUUUAUCUGUUCGAUGCAAGUGCAAAGGACUAACAGGGUGGCGCCAUCUGUGCCCUUUGAGUGUGCCUCCUCAUUGAGAAAAGUUUAUUUGACAUUAUCAGGAAUACAUUGUUAAAAAUAUUCGGUUUCUCAUGUUACACCGUGUGUAUUCGCAGAUGUAUUUUUGUUUAAAAUUAUUAUUUGGGUAAAGUAGGGUUUAACUAAACCCCACCGUUAUAAGUUACUAUGUGAACUUGAGGCAUCAUGUUUUAUUAAGUUAUAUAUCGUAAGUUGCCUUCAGGAAUGCAUAUAUGUAUAAUAAUUGAGACUAUAUACAUCCCAUUGCUGGGCCCAGUCUCCACGAUAGCACUACAUAAUAAAAUCGAAAGUAUUGGAUUUACUUCCCAAUAAUCAGGUUAAUGAUUAUGAAUAUUAUAAUCAUGCUGAUUUUAUUUUUAAAUUACUGAAUGCUACAAUCGAAUUGUCAUUUUAAGUACUAGAUUAUAAAAACUAUGUAGUAUAGCGUCAUUACUUUUUAAAAAACUUGUAUCUUCGUCUGUCAAUGAAAAGAAAAUUGUAGUAGGUAUGUAUGGAAUGCAUAUAGACUUACUGCGUUUUAACUUUGAGGAGCAGCGUGAGAUACGAGAUUUUUUCAAAGUAGUGACGAUAGUCUUAUUUCAUGACUAAGGGCAUUUUCAGAAAUUGGGACCAAAAAUUAGUGACAGUUGUUAACAAAAAAUAAUGUCAAUCUUGUGACGCCAAUUAAGAAUAUGUCUAAAAACCAACAUUUUUCAUUUUACCAGAUUUUUGCAGUUUACGUAAUUAACACAAAAGCAAUAUUUUUAUUGAAAUUUCAUUCUUAAUUAUCGUCACAAAACUGACAUCGAGUUAAUUUUUGUUAACAACUUUCACUAAUUUUGGGGCCCAAUUUUUGACAAUGCCCUAAAAUUGGUGUAGUAUUAUGGUGACAUGAAAUGAUGAAAGAUUAAUUUGUAAAAUAUAGUUUUAAUUGUAACUAAUAGUUAGUGAUUUUGACAUUUUCUAUGUAAUGAAUAACCGUUAUUUUCCGCCUAAAAAGUGUACGGUCUCGAAAUAACCAUACAAUAAUAUUAUAAUCGUGAUUUCGUGAAAUCUUACGUUCAUUGGAACGCUAAAAGCACUUCAUGCAAAAACUCGAUUUAAAUACUCUCUUUCUGUCGCGUUUAAUUUAUCGCCACUCGUGUCGAAUCCCCUCUUUUCCGCACUUGUAGCGUAAUGUGCUAUUAAAAUGUGCAUAACUUUAAAUAUCUGUUAAGAGCAUUUUGUACAGUCCCCGGCAUAAAUGAUUUCCGUACGUUGUCAUAUUAACAUCUUGUUUGAAAUGUCAUAUGAAAUUGUCAAACGAUUAAAAGCGACAAGGUACAGAAGUCAUCACUUCUUUAUGCCGGUGGCUGUACAGAACCUCUUUAAACUCUAAAAAAUAAUGUAGUUAUUUUUAUUUGCAUGCCUUGUUACUGUAAACGAAACUUUAGUAUGUACCCAGUAAUCUUUUGAACAGGUUUUGAAUGUUAAAUUUUUGUGCAAGAUAAAAAAUGUUUUUAAGUUUUGAUGUAUUGUUUUGAGUUUUGGGCUUAUUGUCAAUGUGUUAUAUGUAUUUGUUAUACCGUGUAAAGCUUGCCCUAAACGUUGAACCCAAUGAUUUUUAUAUUGACAUGCAUGUUGUUUGGUACAUACAAUUAUGUACAACCUGUUAUAUUAUUAAGGUUAAUAAAUGUAUAC